UUCCAAUUUAGUAACUACCCGGCCGCCGGGUAACCUUCCUGCACCGCCGUGGAUAGCUCCUCUUUCUCACCCGCCGCUGAUUUCUUCUGUUCGAAACGACGUGGUUUGUUAAAUCUAUUCAAAUUGACGUUCUGUGCUUCUUCUUCUUCUUCUUCUUCUUCUUCUUCUUCUUCUUCUCACUUUUGAUUCGCAACAAAGAACAAACCCUAAAUCCCCGCUUCUUCUUCUACUCUGUUCCUCCAACUCAAUUCGUCUGCUCCUUGGUCCUUACAGCAGCUUUAUACAGGAACAAACCCACUAAUUCUUUCUUCAUCCCGCGUGAAACUAUUACGAGCAAAGAGAAAGAUGAAGAUUGCAAUUGAAGGUUGUAUGCACGGAGACCUUGACAAUGUAUACAAGACAAUUCAACAUCAUGAACUCAUUCACAACACUAAAGUCGAUCUCCUCCUCUGCUGCGGCGAUUUUCAGGCUGUUAGAAACGAGAAAGACAUGGAUAGCCUUAACGUACCUAGAAAAUACAGAGAGAUGAAGUCCUUUUGGAAGUACUACUCCGGUCAAGAAGUUGCUCCCAUUCCCACGAUUUUCAUCGGUGGUAAUCACGAGGCUUCUAACUACUUGUGGGAGUUGUAUUAUGGAGGUUGGGCUGCCACUAAUGUAUACUUUUUGGGUUAUGCUGGAGUUGUGAAGUUUGGCAAUCUGCGAAUUGGAGGCCUUUCUGGUAUCUACAAUGGACAUCAUUACCGUUCAGGACACUUUGAGCGGCCACCAUAUAAUGAGAGCACCAUCAGAUCGGUUUAUCAUGUUCGUGAGUAUGAUGUCCAGAAGUUGAUGCAACUUGAAGAGCCGCUUGAUAUAUUUCUCUCACAUGAUUGGCCUGUUGGAAUUACUGAUUAUGGAGACUCAGAAGCACUUAUGCGGCAAAAACCAUACUUCCGUCAAGAGAUCGAGGAGAGAACUCUAGGAAGUAAACCAGCGGCUUUACUGCUAGAAAAACUGAAGCCUCGGUAUUGGUUUUCAGCUCACUUACACUGCAAAUUUGCUGCUGCUGUUCAACACGGGAACGAUGGCUUAGUGACAAAGUUUCUGGCUCUUGAUAAAUGUGUACCAGGGAAAAAGUUUUUACAGAUUAUUGAAGUCGAAUCAGAGCCUGGACCUUUUGAGAUCCUAUACGACGAAGAGUGGCUAGCAAUAACACGAAAGUUCAAUUCCAUUUUCCCGCUAACUAAGAGAUACCCAAACUUCAGCGCUGCUGGAAUGGAUAUACAAGAGAGCCGUGAAUGGGUGAGGAAGAAGUUAGAAGAAAGGCAAUUUAAACCUUUUGAGUUUGCAAGGACAGUCCCAGCAUAUAACCCAUCACAACGUAUCUUUGAUCCCAUACCUGAGAUCCCACAGAAUCUGCAGACGCUGUCUUUGUUAGAGCUCCUUGGUCUCCCAUAUCUCCUUGAUUCAUCACCAGUAACAGGGGAAAGAACCGCUAUCCCUGCUUCAGUGGCUCCAUCAGAUCUUCCGGCAUAUGAUAGCGAAGAAAUCCCAAUUGAUGACAUUGAUGAAAUAGAAGAGAUGGAGAAAGCCAAAGAGGAUGACCCUACGAGAGAGUCGUGACAUGAAUCUCUCCAUUCAAGUGGUUAGAAUCUUUGUUCUUUUUGCUAAUAUUUGACUGCUUAAUCGUCAACCUGGAAAACAACCACAUUAGUGGAGAUUUUGUGAUUAGAAUAUCAGGUUUUAUUUGUUUGCAUGUGAUAUUAAAGAAAAAUGAAUCAUAAAAAAUUGUAUCGAAGACAGAAACCAAUGUUCAUCCAAUAUUCAAGAAAGUAGGAUCACUUUUUC